AUAUACUUUUUUGGAGAUACCAAAUUUUGUAUCGACGCUGCUUAGCAAUUUGAAAUUAAUUUUUGUCGCACAAGCAUUUACAUUCAAAAUUACGUAUUGAAUUCUCUGGCUAGCACCAUGCUCCGUCAGAUAAUGGCCGCAUCGCGUGUCCUACUUAAUCGCAUAAGCGAUAUUAAUUACUAUAUUCUUGUUCUAUUUUUGCUGAAGUUGUUGUGCACAAUUAUUUAUAUGGACUAUUGUUAUGUUUACUAUGGAUACGAUCUGCUUUAUUGGCUGGAUGGGAUGAGCCAAAAUCCUAUAGCGUAUAUAUUUUCAUACAUUGUCCUCACUGUGGGCGUUCAUGUUGUGAUGUCAUGCGUGGAGGUCACCAUACUCUCCAGAUUGAUCAGACGCAACAGGAGCCGCUAUAAUAAGCCGCGUCAAUAUUUUGAGGAGCGAUAUAGGCGAUUUGUACUGAUGCGUCUGGUGCACCAGCUGGAGAAAGCAUUGCAAAUGCAGAAACGUUUUUCAGAGCAAUCGAAUCAACCGCAUGACAUGGCUAUACUUGAGAAUUUGCAUUUAUCCCAUCAGCAAAUUCAUCAAGCUGUUAACGAUUUUCGCACCUCUGUGGCUAUAUUAUUGUGGCCCAAUCGUGCUGAUCUACAAAUGGAUCCAUUUAUACUCUAUCACAUCGAUGAGGGUCAGUUGAGUGAUCUUAAGCGUCACGGCUACAGCCUAAGGCGUCCCGAAAUGAAAGAUAUUCGGACUGAGAAUCUGAGGAGCUUGCUAAAUCCACCAGGAUAUUAAACAAUAGCAAAACUAUAUUUGUAUAUCAAUGAUUUUGGCUCUAAUAG